GCAUCUCGGCAGCCACAAGUUGCCAUCUCGUGCGCUGUGCAACAGUAGCAGACGUGUUGCUUUCAAGAACGGACGUGGUUAACGGACGAAAUCGCAAAGCGGUCCAAAGUGAAACUCAGCCGGAAGUGUACAUCCGCACGCACACACACACAUACACAGAGAAGGGAAAGCGCAGUGCAACCCAGCUGGGAGGCGCUCACUUCCAACGACAACGUACUUAAACACACACAUACAUACAUAAGUGCGUACAAAUUUGUGUGUACAUGCGUAUGUGUGUGCUCACAUACACACAUACAUACAUAUGUUGAUGUGUCGUAGUAAUUUUGAAUAUUGCUGUGCAAAAAGCGUUUAAAGCGUUUGUUGAUAGAAUUCUUAAUCGAAAAUCAAAUAUUUCAUGAAAGUGAAAAGUCAAUGGAGCACCAGUGAAAGUGCGCAGAGAAAGUGAAAUAAGUGAAUUUCAUCUAAAUUAGCCAAAGGCUAUAUGUUUGCUGCUGCUCUCCCCAAUCGAAAGCCAAAAAAUUUAAUUUCUGCGUCUGACGUGCCAUCGACAGCUCAAAAAAAGAAAGAAAGAACCCACUAUACAAUAUAUAUGGAAAUUUUGCGACAACAACAACAAAUUCAUAUCAUACGCAGUGAAGUAUAUUUAGAGCUUGUAAUAAAGCAGCAAGCAAGCACCAGUGCGCAAUACAUAUAUGUACAGUAAGCAACUAAGCAUGACAAAGACGACGUCCACGUCUCGUUUGGCGCUAAUGUGAUUGAUGUGCUUUGUUAUUGUAGCGCUUAGACGUGGCAGAUUUACGACAGAGCAGAGAACAAAAAAAAAAUCGCGGAAAAAUAUAAAAAGCGGCAGAAUUUGCUUAACAAAAGCGAAAAAUCAUAUAAAGCGUAGGAUUUCAUGCGCGGAAAAGAUGAUCCGCAAGGAAAAUGUGUAGGAAAGUGUAGAAGAGAAUGAGAAAAACCGAGUGUUAAGCGCAAAAAAGCGCGCAUUUUGUUAUCAGCUGACAGCAAGAGCAGCGAAAAAAGUUACAAUCAACUAAAGAUACAACAACAAAUAUUACAAUCAAAAACGAUAAAAGAACAAUAGCAACAAAGCUCCUGCUGACACGCGCCACUACUUCAGCAAGCAGCGCCAAACGUGCAACAACAAAAGAGAAAAAAUUGAACCAAAAAAUAAGAAAUGAAAAGCAAAUAAAAAGCACAAGAAAAAGUAAAAGAAAAGUAAACAAAAAGCACGAAGAAAAGUAUAUAAAGAAAUAAAAUUACAUAAUAAUAAAAUAAACCGUCAUACAAGCUGAUCUAAGCGGCUGUGUUACAUCUGUUGCACAACAGCUUGACGUCGGGCAGCGUGUGAGUCCAGCUUCCUACAACGCUCACGCUGGUAAAAAGCAUUCAAAAUAUUUGCACGUCGCUUAGCUAGAGUGGCAACAUUGGCGGUACGACGGGCUUGACGAGCGACGGUAUCGAACUGUGUACCAAAAAACUGGUGGCUGCGCGUUCAUUGAGCGAAAAUAUUUUCAUCGUGAGAAGAAACUAUAUAAAAGACCCUACAAUCCAAUGCCAGCCCGAAAGGGGCUGCUUGCGCCCCAAAAUACCUUCUUGGAUACGAUCGCAACACGUUUCGAUGGCACACAUUCAAAUUUCGUGCUUGGCAAUGCGCAGGCAAAUGGCAAUCCAAUUGUUUAUUGUUCGGAUGGCUUCGUGGAGCUGACAAGAUAUUCGCGUGCGCAAAUAAUGCAGAAGGGAUGCUCGUGCCAUUUCCUAUAUGGACCGGAAACAAAAGACGAGCACAAACAGCAAAUUGAAAAAAGUCUGAUGAAUAAGACCGAAUUGAAAUUGGAAGUUAUUUUUUACAAAAAAGAUGGUUCACCGUUUUGGUGUCUCUUUGACAUUGUGCCAAUUAAGAACGAGAAACGGGAUGUGGUGCUCUUUUUGGCAUCACACAAGGAUAUUACACAUACAAAGAUGUUGGAGAUGAAUGUAAAUGAAGAAUGUGAUAGCGUUUUUGCCCUUACAGCUGCUUUGUUGGGCGCGCGUUUUCGUGCCGGUUCCAAUGCUGGCAUGCUGGGCUUGGGCGGCCUGCCGGGUCUGGGCGGUCCGCCGACAUCGGAGGCGGAUGCUGACGGCAUGGAGGGCAAUAAUCUGGAUGUACCUGCUGGCUGUAAUAUGGGACGGCGACGUAGUCGCGCGGUGCUCUAUCAACUAUCCGGCCACUACAAGCCGGAGAAGGUGAAGACGAAAUUGAAAUUAGGAAAUAAUUUAUUGCAUUCAACGGAGGCGCCUUUUCCCGAAUACAAAACGCAAUCAAUAAAAAAGUCACGCUUCAUUCUGCCGCAUUACGGUGUUUUCAAGGGUUUUUGGGACUGGAUUAUAUUGGUGUCCACCUUCUAUGUGGCCGUUUUGGUGCCGUACAAUGCGGCAUUCGCGAAAGCUGAUCGUCAAACCAUGGUGUCGGAUGUUAUUGUCGAGGCGCUGUUCAUUGCAGACAUUUUAUUGAAUUUUCGUACAACGUUCGUCUCGAGCAAAGGUGAAGUUGUCUCCGAUUCCAAGCUGAUUGCGAUUAACUAUUUGCGCGGCUGGUUCGUGGUCGAUUUGCUGGCGGCGCUGCCGUUCGAUCAUCUGUAUGCAUCGGAUUUAUACAAUGGCGAGGAGUCGCACAUUCAUUUGGUGAAAUUGACACGCCUGUUGCGCCUGGCACGGCUACUGCAAAAAAUGGAUCGAUACUCACAGUACACCGCCAUGAUACUGACACUGCUGAUGUUGUGCUUCUCGCUGGUGGCGCAUUGGUUGGCCUGCAUCUGGUAUGUCAUUGCCGAAAAGGAGUACAUGAUGAAUGAUAGCGGCUGGGAUAUAGGUUGGAUGCACGCUUUGUCUGAGCGCUUGAAGAUACCCAUCACAAAUAUCACCAACGCUGAGGCCUAUUCGACGGCGCUGUAUUUCACCUUCACCAGCCUAACGUCGGUGGGGUUUGGCAAUGUAUCCGCGAAUACGACGGCGGAGAAAGUCUUCUCCAUCAUCAUGAUGCUAAUUGGAGCAUUAAUGCACGCCGUCGUGUUCGGUAAUGUGACGGCGAUAAUCCAGCGCAUGUAUUCCCGGCGUUCAUUGUACGAGAGCAAAUGGCGUGACUUAAAGGAUUUUAUAGCGCUGCAUCAGAUGCCCAAAGAACUGAAACAAAGGAUUGAAGAUUACUUCCAGACAUCGUGGUCGCUCAACCAUGGCAUUGAUAUUUACGAGACGCUACGCGAAUUUCCUGAGGAGCUGCGCGGCGAUGUGUCCAUGCAUUUACACCGUGAGAUCCUGCAAUUGCCGAUAUUCGAAGCCGCCUCACAGGGCUGUCGGAAGCUGCUUUCACUACACAUCAAGACCAACUUUUGCGCACCCGGUGAAUUUUUGAUACACAAGGGUGACGCGCUAAACUAUAUCUACUAUCUUUGUAAUGGUUCCAUGGAGGUCAUCAAGGACGAUAUGGUGGUGGCCAUAUUGGGCAAAGGCGAUUUGGUUGGCUCUGACAUUAACGUCCAUUUGGUGGCCACUUCCAAUGGCCAGAUGACAGCGACCACCAACAGUGCGGGUCAGGAUGCGGUGGUGCGCAGUAGCAGUGAUGUGAAGGCGCUCACUUAUUGCGAUCUGAAGUGCGUGCAUAUGGGCGGCUUGGUUGAGGUGCUGCGUCUCUAUCCGGAAUACCAGCAACAGUUUGCCAAUGAUAUACAACACGAUCUUACAUUCAACUUACGUGAAGGUUAUGAAUGUCAGGACUCAGAAAUAGGACCAUCAUUUCCGUUGCCAAGCAUAAGCGAAGACGAUGAGAACCAGCAGGACGGCGAUGGUGGCGAUGAUGAUAAUGAAAAUGGUGCGAACGCCUCACCACAUCACAGCAUUACUACACCAUCACCAUUGCAUGGACGCUCACCAUUGCUGGGUUUGAAUAGUCCACGCUUAAUGAAAUUACAUCCGCGUGGACGUUCGCUGAUAACCUUGCGUGAGCGUGUGGAGCGGCAACGUUCACUAAAUAUAACAUCAAGUUUGGAUACCGGCUCCAUGGAUGAGGAUAUGAACGGCGAGGAUGGGGAUGAUGAUGUGCACAGCAUAAAAAAGAAACCUUCGAUGGAACGUUUGGAUUCGCAGGUGUCGACGCUGCACAAUGAUGUGGCGCAGCUGAGUCUGGAAGUGCGCAAUGCCAUACAGGCGCUACAGGAGAUGACGUUUUCGACUAUGGCCUCGCAGGCUAGUCUCAAAUUCCCACCUGCACGUUCUAUACCCAAUAUAUGUGGUACCGUUGGUGGCGUAGUGGGUAUGGGCAGCACCAUGCACUUUGUGGCGAGUAGCACAGAUGAUAUGUCACUGCAGCGUUCGUCCUCUCAUCCGCCUGAAAUCUGGGGACGUGAAAUGCAACUGCCUUUUGCAGGCGGUGCGACAGUGCAAGGAAGUAAAGCUGCUGUUGAUGCUGGUGGCGGCAUCAGUGCUACUGGUAGCGCCAAGACAAACUCGCCGGCUGCGCCAGAAGUGCCGAAAAUAUCGCGCGCUACACAAACAGACUUCUAUAAGAUAGACUUUCCCGUUUUCGAACGUUUUGUAUUGGCCAAUCCACGUUUGGUGCUCGGCCUGCUGGGUAUUGAUCCGGCGAUAAAGACUGAAAUUGAAUUGCUACAACAACAGCAGACUCUACAAGUAUCGCCAUUGAAUACAAUCGAGGAGGUUAUAUCGCCCGCCGAAGGCCCCGGCUCGGUUACCGGCUCCAAUGAACGCUUGCUGGGCGACAGCUUCUGUGGCAACGGCAAGUCGUACGCCGUGAUGGAUGAUGAGAAUUCCAAUGAUUAUCGUUGGAUAAUGAAACAUUCCGUGAGUAAAAGUAGUAAUUGUUGUCGCUCGACGGAGGCUUUACUGCAACCCAUCGAAGAGCAACAGGAGCUGCCAAAGUACUCGGUUCAAUCAGCGCAACGCAUGCCACAGUCACCACCCUCGCGAUACGAGCACCACUACACGUCCGCUACGACAACCGCGACGACAAUCAUUGCCGCGACGCCGGCAUCUGCUGAUCAGGCAGCCACUUUCCAGUUAGUUAGCGAAGCAGAACGAACAGGCGGUUCUGUGAAAACCCAACAACAACCAGCACACCGCACAACGCGGCGGAACUCCAACACCAACUACAGCCAAAACCAAAGCAACAGCAAUAGCAGUCUCUCGAGCAAUGCGUCCACACAUUCGAAUAGUAGCAACAGUCCGCCUGCGACAACAACUGCCGGCACGACCGGACACAAUGGACCGGUUAGUGGUGGCACAGGUGGCAGCACGAUUAGCGGUGGCGGCGGAGGUAACAGUGCGUCCAGUAACAACAACAGUCGACGCUCUUCUUGGAAACUUCACCGUUCACAAAGUGGCGACUAUAAACGUUUACCCGAGGCGCUAGAGGACUCACCGCCGGGAAAGAUCAUUACCGCUGCUAGUGCAACAACAACCACGUCUGUCACACAUUACGCAUACAGCGGCGGUGGCGCCGCCGACGAACAUCUCGAACUUCUCGCCAGCAGACGCUCAUCGCGCGCCAGUUGCGCAUCGGUGGUCAGCGCGGCCGCAGAGGCGGCAGUGGUGAGCAAGCGUAACAGUCUCAAUGCGAAUCGCUCGCUGUUGAGCGUUAGCGGUGCUGGCGCUGGUACAAAUGGUGGACAUGGGCAUACGAGUUAUCGUUUCUCCGCUGGCGAUGCUGACAAACUAGAAAAGGGACUGAAGGGUUUGCCAUCGACGAGAUCGCUGCGGGACGCCAGCGUAAAUUAGUUGGACGCCAGCGGCUGGAAAGCGAAGAAAUCGCUGAAGCGGAGACAUAGUAAUAGCUGCAUAUCUGGCUAGUUUUUUAAGAAAUCAUGAACCGAGUGCUGUGCGAAAGUGGACAAAAAGACAGAUUUGUAGUUAGGUACAAAUGAGAUGAGUGAUAAAAGAGAAGAACAAGCAGUGGUUGUGUUUUAGCUGGAGCAUAUAAAUUCAUAGGUUAAGGUGGAAGAAAGUGAUAGAGAAUUUGUUUGAAUAUAAUGGGUAGGAAAUUAGUAAUGCUGAGAGAGAGCUUAAAACCCUAGGAGUAUCUAUUAGAAGCCAAGUAAGAAAGAAACGUGUAUUGUCAAGGAAAUCUUUUUAUACUAUUUGCUAAACAUACUUAUAAUAUGUAUUCGUUUUCGUAAUUGAUCCACUUGUUGAAUUUUACUGCUACUUCUUUCUGAGUAAAGCUUUAUAUUAGUGGGUUCAAAAUUUUGUAUUCCCAUACAUAAUUUUCAGAAAAUAUUACGGUAGGUUGGGUUAGAUUAGUCUGGUCGGCUAAUGCGCUACACAUAGACCAUUUUUGCUCCUUAGCGGUCUCAGUUGGAGUCCAUUAGGUAGUAGUUCAUGAGCAAUAGUCAUCAUUAAGGAUGCCAGCUGUUGAUGCGAGUUUCUAUAGGUUCCGUGGCCGCACUCUCGCUACUUCUUCCAGCGCCUCAUACCGUAAGCCACCAAAUAGUUAAGGCGUUACCUUGCCAAUGUAGGCCAAGUGCACAAGAGAAGAUCCAAUGCUUACUGGUGCCUCGCUCCUGGCAUUUCUCGCAGCUAUCACACUCUGUUAGUUCCAUUCUGUAACCAAUGGGUUUUCCAAUCAUGCUUUUAAGGUAGCUUCUAUCAAGAACGAUAAGGCACUUAGUGUAUUCCUGACCUACAUUUUUUCAUAUGACUUUUGCAGUUUUGUAUCCCGGUAGAUCAUUCUAUCGCAUUUCGAGCUUCCUUGCCAUGCUCUUGUCCAGAUUGUCGUAAGGACAAAGCAUGGGCUUACCAAUGUCGGUCAUGUUUUCGGCUGACGGUCGUAUACAACUCUUAGUAAUAGCGUCUACUAUAUCAUAGCUGUCGAUGCCUUUGUGACUUGGCACCCUAGAAACAUUCUGAUAAUCCUCUGUAAAAAUUACUCUGCAAAUGGUAUUUAUUAAUGAAGUUUAAAAGGAUCCUUGUUGAUGCUUUUUUUCCAAAACCUUUAAAAUACUGGAGUACACCAUUCUAGUACACUUUGGAAUAUUUGUAAUAGGACUUAUGAACAACAACUUUGAGGUUAUGGUUAUCGCUUGCAGAGGUUCGUCUUCUUUUUAUUCGUUGGACCUUUCGCUAAGAUCGAUUUGGUAGGCAUCGUUAAUGAAGUAACACAAUGCUUGAAGUGUUUCUGAAUAGUAAGCAUACAAGUUUUGAGUUCUUUUAGACUAUUCUACUCAAUUAUCCAGCAAUGACAUAACUUGACAGCUCAAAUUUGUCAUAAACGAAUAUAGUAUACUCCAACCUUCGGUGAUAUACGCAUGAGAGCGUUAGAGAGUAUCUUGCUUGGGGGCUGCACGAAGCUUAUCUCACAUUAGUUUAGUUUAGAAGUGAGCUAACAGGCGUAUGGAAAUGAGUAGGAAUUAGAAAUUGAGUGAGUUUUUAGUAAGUAACAGUGAGUGAUUUUAUCAUAUACAUAGAAAAGAAGAGAUAUUUUUAACAGAUAAAAAAUAAAAAAUAAAAAAGAGAAACAAAUCAUCUAUUUACACACAUACACCAUUAUUAUAUGUAUAAACAUAUACAUACAUAAUAUGAACAUAUGAAACGAUGUAUUCUGUUGAAUUUUUGUUGAAUAAUUCUCGAUGUGAUUUUUGCAUGUUUGUGAAAUUAAAAAAAAAUAAGUAGUUUUAAGAAUAUUUUUAAGUAAGAAUUAAUUUAUUAAAGUUGAGGAAAUUAAAAAAAAAAUAUUUAUUAGAAAAAAAAUGAAAAAAAAAAUUAUAAUUUAAGUAGAAAAUAGUUCUUAACUAAAAAAAAAAUAUAUAUGUAUAUAUUUAUAUGUGUGUGACAUACAUUUUUAUCUGCUGUUAUCAUUGUACAUUUUUAUCAAAUAAAUUUUUUUCUAAUUUUUUUUUAUAAUUAUUUUUAAUUUUUCAAAGUUAUUUAUAUAAAUUUAGUAUAUAACUGCUACCUUCGCAAAUACCUAUACACAAAGAAAUUAUAUCAACUUGUGGCCGAGCUGUCACCGUAAAGUUCAAAAAAGUAUAACUGUAAACAGAGACAUAUGAGCAAAAGCUAUAUCAAUUUAUUUGGUAAUAUAUACUACUUGGAAGCAUAAGUAUAAUGUAUGAGUACUCGUAGCAUAGGCUUAUUGGUGCAAAUAAAUUUUGAAAAUCGCUUGUUGAAGUUGGUUGAAUAUUUUUAAAAAUAUUUUUUAUCACUAAUCUUAAUAUAAAACUUGUAAAUUAUGUUAAAUUUUAAGUUUAUAAAUUUAAAACUGAAAAGGCUCAUGACUGUUUUAGAUUUUGUAUGCCAAUUAGCACGCUUGCUCUCAACACAAAUAAGGUAAAAGUCUAAGUAUAUGUCCGAAAUGUAUAAUAAAACAAUAAGUGAAAAUAAAAACUAAUUUAUUUGAGUAUAAGAAUGUUUAAUGAAGCAUAAAAUGAAAUGUAAAAUAAAAUGUUGUAAAAUAAUAAAUAAAAAAAUUAUAAAAUAAAUCUAACUUCACGGCUGUAUGUUUGUAUAAAUGUAAAACUAUUGCUCUAAGCUUUCUACUUCCGUAAAAAACCAUAAAAAAAAUUUCACAAAAAAUUAAUUGGCAAAAAGUAAUGUUUAAAAUAAUACAAACUACAUCUAAGUAUCAUAAAUCUCUAGUGCUAGCUCAGCAAAAAAUGUUUAAAGAGAAAUACAAAAAUUUCAAAACUAGCAUUGUUUUCUGCAGGCUUGAAUUCUAUUAAAAUCUUAAACCUGAAAGACUUAAAAUACCUGCUCAAAUUAAGUACUACAACAACAAACAACUAGUUAUAUAUGUAUAUUAAGUUACUAAGAUAUCGCAUAGCAAUUAUAUGUAAAUGAAAAGUAAAGUCUAUUGAAGAGCAAAGUUCAAUUUACUGUUCGAAAAUAUAAAAUAAAAUGAAAAAAAAAUCAAUUCAAAGAAUUCAAGAAUUGAAUUCAAAGAAAAAACCGUAAUGAAAACCCAGUUUCUGUAAAUUCAAUGUUUUAACCCGAACAAACAAAAAUCAAACAACUUUUCCAAUGCCAACAAAACUCAGCUGGACUGAAAAGCAUACAAUUAUCGAACAAGCAUGUAAUAGAUAUGCAUAUUCAGUGUUGUAAAUACAACACCAACAAACAAACAAAUAGUUAAACGCAUUUUGGCAAAUAUUUACAAACAAGUGCAUGUACAUAGGUUUUAUGUAUAUACAAGUAUAUGAAAAAGAAAAUAUUUGGAAAACACAGAAAAUAAGAAUAAUGAUGAAGCAUUUCAACAGUAUAAAUAAAAUAACUACAGUGUUUGAACAAAAUAUACUUACAUACAUAAAAUUGCAACUGAA